CGCGGCGAUGAGCAUGCAAGGAAGCGAGCCCCAACGACUCAGUGUUCUUCUUGCAACAUGACCGCCAAGACGCUAACUCUUCUGCUGCUCUGCGCCGCCACGCUGACGCAGGCGGCGUCCGAGGCGUCCUUGGCUGAGCCGAAGAGCGCCUUCCCGUGUCCUGAAGUAAUAGACAUCUCGCCCUGUGUAUGCACCUUAUUCGGCGUAGACCUGCAGCUUGACUGUUCCAAAGUGGCGGACAACACUCAGCUGGAGCAAGUGUUCCAGGCGGACUUCCCGUUCAAAAACUUCUCUUUGCUGACCAUCAUCGCCAACCCGGAGGACCCAAGAAUCGGCAUCGUAACCUUGGAUGAGAAUACCUUCCAGGACAUAACAUUUGCCAACAUCCACAUCAGCCACACAAACCUUGAAUUCAUCUACCCGACGGCGUUUGACAAGUCGGCGCCGAUGCUCGAAACACUCAUUGUCACCGACAGCUUCCUGCAACUCUUCCCGUUUGAUCUCGUGGACUACGCUCCGUUCUUGACUGACCUUCGUGUCUUCAGGAACAACCUCAUCCACAUGCCGGAGAUGAGCUCUGACACUCUCACGUACCUGGAGGUCGCGUACAACCCCGGCCUUCAGUAUGGUGACCACGCCCUGAGGAACCUCCCCAACCUAGAGUACUUUGUGGCUAACGACAUAGAGCUUGCUCACGUGGGGGAGAAUGCCUUCUAUGCGAAUACGAAGCUCGUGUACGUCGACUUGAGCUACAACAAACUGGAAACUCUUUACGCUGGCUCCUUGAAGUUCCAGAGUCCCAUCCAAACGAUUAGACUGAACAAUAACAACAUCCAUACUGUAGAAGUUGGAGCCAUUGAAGGUCUGGGAAGCGGCGCCCCAACAAUGCUGUGGAUGUAUAACAACUUCGUGGAGAGCCUCGACCAGAAGGUGUGGGAGCCAGCCUUCAACAGUGUUGCCGGCAAAGUACGAACAUUCGUAUUUGACGGCAAUCCCUUCGAAUGCGCUUGUAACAUUCUGUGGCUGAAGUCGAACCCUGAGCACCUCAAAACCAUCGCCAGGGGCACCAUUUGCGAGAACACAGACACCGACAUUCAUGACGUUGACUAUGGAUUCCUUCAAGCAAACUGCUGAGCCUCGCCGCCACCCGCCCGCUGCUGCCCGCCGUGCUCACCUGUUAUGCUGUGUGAAGAAACAAGCCACCAGAAGUGCCACUACCAUAGCACUUAAUUAAGAGGGUUCGGAGCAGGCCAGUGGCUCCGGUUCCUGCUGCUGCACGUAAAGAAAAGGCGAAUAUGGCUUGUUUUCCAAUAUUGCCGAUGGCUUAGGCUUAUUGUAAUGAGAGUGAAUUAAAAAAAAAAAAGUCAAA